UUUAAAAAUAUGACAUGUUGAAAAUUCUGAUAAAUAUAAUAAAUCUUGAAAUUUUAUCCUGGUUUCAAUUACUAUCUAUGUAAUUUUAAACGUCAAAAGCUAGUGAGCGAUAAUAUGUAAAAAAAUCGAUAGAAAUUAGACUGAAGCGUUUUAUAUAUAAAGAGCGAACUCUAGUUAUAUGAACAAGAGAUAAGGGAGAGACGUCUAGUGUUUCUUAUACGUUUGAUUCUAUAUGACAUGAGAUAAAUGGUAAGGAGAGAGUGUAGGAAGAGAAUAAAAAGAAAAAUAGGGAUAGAAGACAGAAAGAAGAAAAGUGAAGGAAUAAAUCUUUAUACUACUUUUUUCAUAUUUUUAAGCAUAAGCGAACAAAUAUGUAAAGGGAAAAAAAUGACUAUUUUCUAUACUUUGCUUCCAAUCUUAAUUGAAAUCGUCAGGCUUAUUAACUGUUCGGGAAAUGUUUCAUUCGAAAAGCUUUUAAUUAAUGACUUGAUGACUGAAUAUAAGAAGUGGGGCAAGUCGGGCAGACCUGUGAGAAAUAUUUCGACCGUUUCAAAUGUCAGCUUCUCGCUUGGUCUUAUUCAAAUGGACCUUAACGAAAAAGAUAAAGUCUUAACGAUGAGCAUGUGGACUCGCUAUGUAUGGAACGACGAAUAUUUGACCUGGAACCCUAAGGACUACGGUGGAGUGACUACAAUCAGAUUAUCAGCCGAUUCCAUAUGGAAACCCGAUAUUAUGUUAUACAACACUGCCGAUGUCGAUAGCGUAGCCCGUCAGGCCCUUGCAGUCAUUCGUUACGACGGUUCUGUUUCAUGGUUCCCACAUACGAUCUUUAGAUCAUCUUGUAGUCUCGACGUAACAAACUUCCCCUUCGAUAAUCAGAGUUGUCAUAUGUGGUUUGGAUCUUGGACACAUCCCUCAGAUCAAAUUAAUCUAACUAUGCUAACAGAAAACGGAAUUGAUCUAAGCACAUUUCAAUCAGAUUUUAAAGAUGGAUCAGGCUGGGAUAUUUAUAAAGUUCAUGCUGAGAGACAAGUCAAAGGAAAAGAUAAUGUACCCAAAUUUACUAUUGUAACCUUUGAAUUGUAUAUGAGAAGGAAGAUGGUCUUUUCAAGCUAUAUUCUAACACUACCUUGCGUCUUUUUGGCCUGUCUAACUUUAGUUGUAUUCUGGUUACCACCUGAUAGACCAGACAGGACAUCGCUUGCUAUGAGCAUCUUUGGAAGCUUUAUGGUUCUUCUUUUGAUCUUGGUAGAGGCUGCACCCCCCACUGCUGGUUCUAUACCAAAUUUAGGUGUUUACUACUGCUUCAACGUUGUUAUUAUCAUGUUUUCUAUCAUACUUUCAUCCUUGGUCGUUAACAUUAACAGAGGCGGUAACGAAUGUCAAUAUCCACCUAAAUGGCUAAAUCUGAUAACAUUAGGAUGCCUAGCAAGAGCUAUGUGUAUGAGAGGCAAAUGCACAACAAGAAAUAUCUACUCGGCAACCAAUGAGAAAUCUCAUGAAAGAAUUGAACUGUUUAACGAUAUUAGCGAAUUACAUGAUUUUGAUGUUGAUAGGCGACACCUGUCGGAUUUUGAAAAACAAUUAUAUGAUUUACGCAGAAUUAUAUUGCGGUUUGAACAAAAAUUAGAAGAAAGGAAUAGAUUUGAAAAAGAGAAAACAAUGGCAAAAAAAUCAUGGCAAAGAAUUGCAACAGUUCUAGAUAGAUUCUUCUUUAUAUUGUACCUUGUUUUAAUUAUAACAUCUCUAAGUCUAUUAUUUCCAAGACCAGUAUAGUAGGAAAAUUAACAAUAAAUUAUUUAAAUUUCAGCUUCAUUUUUAUAAAAUUUGGAAUCAAGUUAAAGAGACCAAAAAACUGUCAUAUCUAUUAUUGUUUUCGUCCAUUUUCCUUAUACUACAAAGCCAAGUACUUCUAUUAAAAAACACGUAUACAUUUAUUCACUUACUGAUAAAGUGACUGGAGAAAUACUUUGUAUUUAAGAUGAUCUUUUUAAUAGUCUUUUCAAGGAUACUUUGCGUUAUUUAAUUCCUUUUAAAAAACUAAAAUUUCUGAAUGUUCUAUAGGUUGAUACCUAUUAUAUUACAUCCUGAAAGCACUUUUAUUAAGGACAGGGUUAAAAGAUUAAAAGUAGCACAAGCCAAAAUUUCAAGAAACUGUGAUUUAUAGCGUUCCCAAUUGAAAAAUCAAAGAGAGUAUCAAAGUUGUAGGGAGGCGGGGGAACGUUGCAAACGUAUUCCCCAAAUUCCUUCACUAAAAUAAAAAUAAAGAAGAAAAGAGGAAAAAUAUCAAAUAGAUACUCAACGAUGAUAAAACAGUAACGAUCUAUAAAUAUUUGAAGUCUGGAAGUUUUCCAUGCUUAACUAACGCUUUAAAAUAUAGUCUAUAAUGGCUAAUAAUUUAAUAAUAAGACUACAUUUAAAAGAAGGGCUUAAUAGUAUAUUUGCUAUUUAUGAACAAUAAUAAUUAAAUUUCCCACGACUUUCAAAAGUGAAGGGCAUUGAUUGUCCUGAAUAGGACAGUUGAAAAACUGAAUAGAUGUAAACAAAAAUGUCUUCGAUCGCUAUUUUAUUAUAUAUUUUUGAAUGGCAUUCAAAGAUACACUAAAUGCGUU